CGUCAAAAUGUCGUAUGGUUUUCUUUUUAGACGCUGUUUUGUAAUAAAAUGACUGUACUGUAUAACCUACUUGCGCAAAACUUCUGUAAAAUAUUUUUUUAUCUAUAACGAACAAAUUUUAUUUUUACUAGCUAUAUUUAUUAUAUUUACAACAGAAAUAUCAUGUCUGACAACACCGAAUUUGAAGUUAUCAAUAAUUCAAAAGAAUUAUUUAAUCGGAUUGAAGAAGCCAUUGUUACGAAUCAUUUUAAACAAUACGAGUACAAAAAUUUCAAUAACAUUAAAGAAAUUGAUUCUAGAGAAUUCAUAAAAGUUUAUCGCGCAAGUUGGAAAAAUUCAAGCCAAUAUGUAACGUUAAAAUAUUUUUUCAAACUUAACAAUACUGUUGUUGAAGAAAUCAUUCGUGAGAUUAAAUUAUAUCGAGAUGAUUAUUUUCACAAUAAUAUUAUUCGCUUUCAUGGGAUAACAAAGUCUGAGUCAGAAAAUUAUGAUGUUGGAUACUGGUUAGUAAUGGAGUACGCUGAUGGUGGUACUCUUCGAAACUAUCUAAAGAAAAAUUUUGGUGGCCUCACUUGGGAGAAUAAAUACAACUUGGCAUAUCAGUUGACUUGUGCUGUUUUAUAUUUGCAUGAUAAAGGAGUUGCUCAUCGUGAUUUGCAUUCUAAUAGUGUAUUGGUUCACCAAAAUACCAUAAAGUUGGCGGAUUUUGGCUUGUCAAAAAGGAUUAAAGAAACAUUUAAUUCACAAUCAAAUUUAGAGGAUGACAUAGUUCCCUAUAUUGAUCCAAAAAUAUUCAAUAAACCAGGAAAUAAUGACAACACGACAAAAUUAUACACGUUAAAUAAAAAAAGUGACGUUUAUAGCGUUGGAAUCAUUUUAUGGGAAUUAUCUAGUGGGAAACAACCUUUUUAUAUUGAAGGUGAACAAUAUGAUAUUAAUUUGGCUGUAAAAAUUUCGCAAGGUCUUAGAGAAAAAAUUAUUCCUGAUACACCUGAAGAUUAUGUAAACAUUUAUAGCGAAUGUUGGAAUAAUGAACCUGAUGAUCGUCCAACAAUAAAACAAAUAGUUGAAAAAUUAAAAGCAAUUAUUAAAAAAUCAGAUAUAAUAACAGAAGAAGAUAAUCAAACGGACAAUUCAAUAAAUGACAAUAUUUUAUCUAAAAAAGAUUUACGUCACAGUAUUUGUUAUAGUAUAAUAGUGGAUGAAUUAGUUGAUGAUAUUUUAAAAGAUAUAAAUGAAGGAAAAG